GCCCCAGGGGCCGCUCCCAGGCCGGCGAGUAGACCCGAAAGGCCACGUCACUUCCGGUGGGGCGGGGCGCAGCUGAAGGGGUGGUGCUCCGGCUGCUGAGCGUCUGUUUGUGUUGUGAGCGCAGCUGAUGCUGGCUGGCCGGUGUGGCCGUCAUUGACCUGGCCAGGCGAUUCGACUCUGCCCCCGACGUGAUUGCGGCCUGCAUCCCAGUAAGACCAUGACUCCUUCUUUUCAUAAGUGAAGCAUUGAGGAAUGAAGUGAGAAAAUGUCACAUAGAAAAUAAAUGAUUUUUAAGUUAUGUCUAUUAAUUUGACCAUAGAUAUAUAUAUUUACCUCCUUAGUAAUGCAAGAAGUCUUUGUGGAAAGCAGAGAAGCAAGCAGCUGCAUUUUGUGUGUUCACCUAGACAUUACUGGAGGAUAAGCCAUAUCAGUCUACAAAGAGGUUUUCAUACAAGCAGAAUAAAAUGUAAAUGGGCCAGAAGUGAAGCAUAUUCUUACAGUAAGCACUGUUAUUUUCCACGCAACCAUGUUAGCAUUUGGAAACGUAGCACUUCUGCUCCCAAGGGACUUACAAAAGUGACCAUUCGUUUGUCCCGAAUUAAAAGUACUUUGAAUUCUGUUUCAAAGGCUGUUUUUGGCAGUCAAAAUGAAAUGAUUUCACGUUUAGCUCAAUUUAAGCCAAAUUUUCCAAUAUUAAGAAAAGUAUCAGAUAGUGGCUGGUUGAAACAGAAAAAUACUAAACAAGCCAUCACAUUUCUGAAGAAAUACAGUGACAGAUCAACAGAAAAGAGUCCUUUUGCAGAAGAGAAAAGUCACUUAGUAGAUAAAGCAGAUACAGGUAAACAAAGCCUUUUUCGUUACACAAGUAGUAUAACCACAAAAUUUGGAGAAUCGUUCUACUUUUUAUCAAAUCAUAUUAAUUCAUACUUCAAGUGUGAGGAAAAAAUGUCUCAAACAAAGGAAAAUAAACAUUUUCAGGAUAAAGCAGAACUCAAAACUGAGAAGGUUGAAGAAGGGAAACCCAGUUCUCGAGGUCCUGGCCCCCAGACUAAUGAGUUGGGCUCACAGUCUUCCACAGGAACCUUGGCCAAGCCUGCAAGUCCAAGUGGGGUGCCGGAGGUUCUCCCAGUGUCCACUAAACAGAGCAUCGCUAACUUUCUUUCUCGGCCCACAGAAGGUGUUCAGGCCUUAGUAGGUGGCUAUAUUGGUGGACUAGUCCCCAAAUUAAAGUGUGACUCCAAGAGUCAGUCAGAAGAACAAGAAGAGCCUGCUAAAACUGAGCAGGCUGUCAGCAAGGACAAAAAUGCAGAGGAGAAAAAGCAUUUAUCUCUUCAACGAGAAAAGAUUAUUGCAAGAGUGAGUAUUGAUAAUAGAACCCGGGCGUUAGUUCAGGCAUUAAGAAGAACAGCAGACCCAAAGCUCUGCAUUACUAGGGUUGAAGAACUGACUUUUCAUCUUCUAGAAUUUCCUGAAGGAAAAGGAGUAGCGGUCAAGGAAAGAAUUAUACCAUAUUUAUUACGACUGAGACAAGUUAAAGAUGAAACUCUUCAGGCUGCAGUUAGAGAAAUUUUGGCCUUAAUUGGUUAUGUGGACCCAGUGAAAGGGAGAGGAAUCCGAAUUCUCACAAUUGAUGGUGGAGGAACAAGGGGUGUGGUUGCUCUUCAGACACUGCGGAAAUUAGUUGAACUAACUCAGAAGCCAGUUCAUCAGCUCUUUGACUACAUUUGUGGUGUAAGCACAGGUGCCGUAUUAGCUUUCAUGUUGGGAUUGUUUCAUAUGCCGUUGGAUGAAUGUGAGGAACUGUAUCGAAAAUUAGGAUCAGAUGUAUUUUCACAGAACGUCAUUGUUGGCACAGUCAAAAUGAGUUGGAGCCAUGCAUUUUAUGACAGUCAAACAUGGGAAAAGAUUCUUAAGGAUAGAAUGGGAUCUGCACUAAUGAUUGAAACGGCAAGAAACCCUGCAUGUCCUAAGGUAGCUGCUGUAAGCACCAUAGUAAACAGAGGGAUAACACCCAAAGCUUUUGUGUUCAGAAACUAUGGUCAUUUUCCCGGAAUCAACUCUCAUUAUUUGGGAGGAUGUCAAUAUAAAAUGUGGCAGGCCAUUAGAGCCUCUUCUGCUGCUCCAGGCUACUUUGCAGAGUAUGCAUUGGGAAACGAUCUUCAUCAAGAUGGAGGCUUGCUUCUGAAUAACCCAUCUGCAUUAGCCAUGCACGAGUGUAAGUGUCUUUGGCCAGAUGUCCCGUUGGAGUGCAUCGUGUCCCUGGGCACAGGACGCUAUGAGAGUGAUGUGAAGAACACUGCGACCUACACGAGCUUGAAAACCAAACUCUCUAAUGUCAUCAACAGUGCGACAGAUACCGAAGAAGUCCAUAUAAUGCUUGAUGGUCUGUUACCUCCUGACACCUAUUUUAGAUUCAAUCCUGUCAUGUGUGAAAACAUUCCUCUAGACGAAAGUCGAAAUGAAAAGCUGGAUCAGCUGCAGUUGGAAGGGUUGAAGUACAUAGAAAGAAAUGAACAAAAAAUGAAAAAACUUGCAAAAAUAUUAAGUCAAGAAAAAACAACUCUACAGAAAAUUAAUGAUUGGAUAAAAUUAAAAACUGACAUGUAUGAAGGUCUUCCGUUCUUUUCAAAAUUGUGAUGAUUAUAUGCAUAUGUUCUCAUAAAUGAAGGCCUGUUCAGAGGACCCUGAAAAUUUAAUAAGGAAUUCUGGGGUUCAACAUGAGUCAACUUUGAAAUACAGAUUCUGGGGAAUCCUGAAAAAGAUGGUGCUUUGACCAGGUUCCACAGUACAGAAGAUACACGUGGUUACAGAAUUCAUAUGAGAAUGAAGUUUUUAAGCUGAACUUCACACUGUUCCUAUUUGUGCUUGGCCAGUCACUUCCCUCCUGAGUAGUAUGGACGCAAGUGAACUCUAGCCAUGGCUCCUUUCUUCACCCACAUAGCAUGGCUCCUACAUCAUCUGUUUUACUCCAACACAAGCCACCAGGAAGUGAGCAGCUUUGGUCAGCUGUGUGCUCCCUGUUGUGGUGCUUUGGUGACCUCCACACAGGCACAGAAACAACAGACUCCAGGUACCAUGGACAGAAACCUCUGAAACCAUGAGCCAAAUACUGGAGAUCGAACUCAGGACCUUGCGCUUGCCAGACAGUGCCACGCUGCCUUGGAGCCAGCCCACUAUGGACUGAAACCUCUACACACUGUGAGCCAAAUAAACCUUUCCUCCCUUAACUGUGGGUGUCAGGUAUGUUGUCUCAGCAACAAGAAAAGUAAGUAAGAUACCAUGUGACUUUGAGCAAAUAUCCUCUGGAAUCUCAAUGUCUCCAAUUCACAAAUCUCACACUCUUCUCCCAAAUUCAGAGCCUGUUAUGUGCCAAGCUUUUUGUUAAGCACUAUACACAAGUAUGCUUUUAAUUUUUCAGAAAAAAGCUUUAACUAGAAAGUAAGAAAAAUAGUAAGGGACCUUAGCUUGGGGAGCUGACAAAGAUCAGGUUGGUUCUUAACAAAGGCGAGUAAGAAACCCCGCUUGAGCAUCCAGGGAUGGGGGGCUCAUUCUAAGGAAAGGGAGCAGACUGGCCCUACACAGGUGUUUAAUUGGCAUAACAUAUAAUGACACAUCAAGAUUUAAAACUCAAUAGUUUAAAAAAUUACUGUCUUCAGUAACAAAAUAUCUUAUAUGCUCUAUAUAAUAUACCUGCUCACUUGCUUAGGUUGAUAUUUCUUAAAAGAAGUAACUUUUGUGCUUUUAGUAUCCAAUACCUAAUGUUUUAUAUAUGCUACAAUGCUGUUUAAAAUAUUGCUAAUAAAAUUAAUAUCAAAAUUGUGGAAACUUUUGAGACAUUUGGCUACUGGGAGAAAAAAAAUCUCAGGGUUCUUGGCCAAAAAUUAAGAUAGCAGUAGUCAUUUUUAAGAAAAUUUUAUUGUUCCAAUUAAUCUUGGCUCCCUCUUCUCUGCUGUUUCAUGAAAAAGAAGAAUUAGGAUUAGGUCUAUUCAAAUAUGAACUAUUGCUAAACCAAUAUUAAAUCCAGAAGUAAAUUUAGUGUCUUCAGUAUGUUUUAAUGUAUCAGUAUACCCAUUUCAUUAAGAAAUAGAUUCAUUAUCUUCCCUAACACAUGGGGGAUUGGGAAAGGUCUAUAAUUGUAGGUUCACAUGCAGGUCUAACUAAUUAAAAGAGCAGGAUUGAUAUCCAGGUUUGAAUGUAGAAUUCUUAGGUUCUUCGGUGUUCUGUGUUAGAAUGUGGUGGUGUGGGAAGACCCAACCUAGAGCCCACCCCGGCUUACCUAUUAGUCUUAAGCCUUUUGAAACCCUCAAGCACACUCAGUUUGAGUACUCCAACCCACACCCACAUCUGUGCAGGCACCUGUACCAGCCACCUAUGAGGUCUGCAGCUGUGCACAACAGCAGAGCAGUCCAUUUUGGGCAGCAUGGAGAAGGAGCUUUUCUUUUCUUUUCCUUUCUUUUCUAUUUUUUUCAGACAGGGUCUUGCUAUGUAGUUCAUGCUGGCCUUGAACUCUCAGCAAUUCUCUGCCCUCAGCCUGGAAAGUGCUGGGAUCACAGGUAUGCACCACCACACCCUGCCAGAGAAGUAGCUUUUGCAGGUCCCACUGGAAUUCUUCAAUCCUAGGUACCCAGAUGCGGUCUGUAAGGGGGAGGGUGCUACAGGCUCUGGGAGGGCCAGAGCAGGGCCUUCUAAAACACUAGACUCUCCUGUAUUCUAUGGAUAGCUGACAAGAAAAUGUUGGAAAAACUUAGACACAUUAGGAUGGCUAAAACAAAUGGUAAAACAAGUAAGUUUUGGCAAGAAGGUGGAGAAUGUGGAACCUUUGUGCACAGUUGGUGGAAAUGUAAAGCAAUGCAGCUGCUAUGGAAAACAACAUGCUGAUUCCUCAAAAAACUUAAAAUAGAAUUAUUAUAUGAUCUAGCUAGAUCUAGCUAGAGACCUAGCAAUCUCUGUUCUGUGUAUAUAUCCAAAAAAGUUUUAAAGUAGGAUCUCAGGGAGAUAUUUGUACAGUUGUGUUCAUAAUAGUAUUUAUUAUUCACUGGGUGUAGAGGUGCACUCUUAUAAUCCCAGCACUUGGGAGGCUGAGGCAGGAGGAUUGCUGCAAAUUUGAGGCCAGUCUGGGCUACACAGUGAGUGCAAGGCCAGUCUGGACUACAUAGUGAGAACUUGUCUCAAAAAAAAAGUAUUAUUCAUGAGAACCUAAAGGUAGACGCAACCAAGUGUUCAUCAGUAGAUGAAUCAAUAAAAUGCGGUAUGCAUGUGUAAUAGAAUAUUAUUCAUCAUUUAAGAAAAAAUUCUGACAUAUAGUUGGACCUUGAGGACACUAUGCUAAGUGAAAUAAGCCAGUUACAAAAAACUACUGUGUUAUCCCACUUAUCUGAGGUGCUUAGAACAGUCAAGUUCAUAGUAAAAAGAAUGGUUGCUAUAGACCCUGGAAGGAGAGGGCAAGGGGUAGCUGCUCUUUAAUUGGUAUAAAGUUUCAGUUUUCAAGGUGAAAAGAGUUCUGGAGAGGGCUUGUGGUGAGGGUUGCACAAUGUACUUAACACCACUGAACUAUGCCCUUAAAAAUUGUUAAGGAGGUAAAUUUUGUCAGGUGCAUCUUAUCAUGAUUUUAAAAAUAUUCAAAGAAGUAAAAUUUAAAUCAAGGGUUAAAAGAAAAUGCAAAUUGUGUAUUAACCUAAAACCCCCUUUCUUUUCUUUUUUUUUAAAUACCGGGGGAUUGAACUUGGGACCUUGUGCUUGUGAGGCAGGCAGCAGAACCACUGAGCUAAAUCCCCGGCAAGACCCCCUUUCUUCUUAAAAAUGCAACAAAUGACAGUGAAUUUAUCUUCAUUGUACCUGUCAGCUUUCCCCCUGAAGCCAGAAAUGAAGGGCAAAGAUCAGAAGUUUCUCAGCAUCUCUUCCCGAGCAGCAGUUUCCUGUCCUUGAUGACCCCAUCUGCAACGGCUGAUUGGACAUGGACCUUGGCUAGUCUUAAAUCUGUUUUGCAGAACCUUUGUACAUUCCUGUAGACGGAAACUGUAGGAACAGAUGGAGGAGUUGGCUAUAGGAACAUGCUUAUUAUCACUGAAAAUGCUCCUGCUCUUUCCAACUUGGUUCUCCAAGCAUGGCAGGCAGUGGGUUGAGCCAAAAUGAAGAUCCUAGUGACUCACAAGCUCUCAGAGAAGAAAUCCACAUAUGGCAGCCACAAAGGGCACAUUCCCCGCAGUGUGACCAUCACACUGCACACCACCUCCUUUUAGUUAGGUGUGGGGAUACCGUGUUGCUAAGCACCAGGUAAGACACGGGUUUCAAAUUUCUGCUUCUGUUUGCCACGUGCCCAAAUGGCAUCAGGCUGGCACGCAGGAUUCUGUGGUUGUGUGGCAGAUGGUGAGGCGAAGCAUGGGGGAGCAACUGGUGUUUUGCGUCUGUGGAAACUUUCCAUUGCUCAUGGAUCAGGUGAUGCAUCAAACUGCACGUCCUAGCAUUACUUGUAUAUUGUGAAUAUAUAACUGCAUAUACUAUUAUUAUCCAUAAUGAGUAACAAUCACACACUACAAAGUUUUAGCAGUGUGGGCCAGCUGACACUGUGGCUGGCAGCUGAGGGGACAAAAAGGACCAGCUCUGGCUGGGGCACAGUGGACAGUCCACCCCCGAGUGGUGUAGGGGCACAGUAUGACUCUGGGGUGUUGAGCUAGGGAAGACUGGGGCUAAUUGGAAAAGCCAUACUGAUGCCUCAUCUCUCUCACAAUUGCUUCUUUAUCUAGCACUGCAUCUUCACCUUAUGCCAAUGGCAGUUGAACGUUUUUGUCCUUUUUCUAGCCAGGAAAUAGGCCUGUGGUCAGAUGCAGAGUCAGAGCUCUGAAAUACACUUAAACAGCUAUGUCAGUGACGGAUUCAGCAUCUUAACAUAGCAGCAUUUCUUGUCUUACAAUUUCUGUGGGUCUGGAGAUGAAACACAGCUUGGCUGAGUCCAAGGCACAGGGUCUCCCAUGGACUGAAGUCCAGGAGUCAGCCCGGGCUGGUGUCUUCCCAAGGCUUGGCUGGGGGACGACGGGCUUUCAAGUUCACCCAUGAGACUGAGGCAGCAGUCAGCUCCUUUUAGUCCUCCCAGGCUGUCAGCCUUUGUGUGCACAGCUCGACACAGGCAAACUCAUGUCUUCCAAGCAAGCAGGCAGAUGAGCAAAACAGAAAGCAGAGUCAUUCAUAGCCUGGAUGUCAGGGGUGACCUCCCACUGGCGUGGUUAACUGUUCCUCAGAAGCGAGCCACUAGGCCUAGACGAUACUUGCUACAGCGUGGAUCUAGAAUGUUCCCAAGGCCUAUGCGUUGAAGGCUUAGUCCCCAGAUUGGUGUUGGCAUCUUUCAGGGGUGGGGCUUAGUGGGGGCCACUGGGACUGUGCCCUGGAACGAGACUGCAGGACCCCAGCCUCGUCUCCCUUCUCCUUUGUUCCCUGGCCAUGAAGUGAGCAGUCUUGUUUCACCGUGCACUCCACCAUGAUUCCCACAUCAUGAGCCUAGAAGCAAUGGGGCUUCUUUUGGUCCUCGGACCAACCACUGACUGAACCUCUGAAACAAUGAGCCAGAAUAACCCUUUUCUCUUUAUUAGGUGGUUAUCUCAGGUGUUUGUUACAGAGACAGAAAGCUAACACAGUGAGAGGUGUGGAUUGCACAAGGGCAUGAAUCAGGAGGAGGGGUAAGUGGAAGCCAUCUUAGAAACUUCUCAGAUAAUAACUAUGCUUUUUGACAACACUGGGUUGCAGUGCUCUUUCAUAUAGAACACAAAUGCAUGUUGCUCAGCCACAGAGUCUUAAAAUGAUGACAUUGGCAUAAGUCAUUUUUUCUGGGUGUGGUGGCACACACCUGUAAUCUCAGCACUCAGGAGGCUGAGUGCUGAGGAUUGCCACAAGUCUGAGGCCAGCCUGGGUUACACAGUCAGUUGAAGGCCAGCCUGAACUACAUAGCAAGACUCUGUCUCAUCAUUUCCCCCAAAAAAAGAAGAAAAAAAGAAAUAAGCCAUUUUUAUAACAAGCUACCCUGUGAUGCUAUUAUAGAGUAUAUUUUUUUUUUCAGUGCUCCAAUCUUCCUGACCCAAAAUUCAGCCAUCUUUCAUCUGAGUUUCACUAGAGGAGUCAAAUAAAUGCUCUUGGUUACCAUUAGAGUCAUAAAGUGGCACAGCUGAAAAAGAA